UUAUUUUUCAACUUGUCCGGUGUGUUCCUUCCCGGGUGUUUGUCCCUGCAGUCAGCUCCUCGGAGUGUUUGUUAAGGCCCUCGGUCUUACAGGCAGAAUGUCAUUCGUCCAGAUCUCCCUCCUCAGGCCAUUUGGUUCUCUGCCAAACUUUCUGUAAUAAAAAGAGUCUUUGGGCUCACUGAACAGAAAGAAAAAGUACGCGGAGAAAUCACAACAAGAUCGCAAGAGACAGUUUCACUAUGUAGUCCACGUUGGCUCUGAACUCACUACAUAGCCCAGGUUACACUCCCACUCAAUAUCCUUCUGCUUCAGCCUUCCAGAGGCAUUCAGUUUAAUAACCAGGAACUUUCAUUAUCGGUUCCCUGUUUCCAACAUUUUUCUGAACACUAACGAUUAAAAUCAGAGGCCUGAAAAAUGAAGCCUAAAAUGAAGUAUUCAACCUCUAAAACUUCUUCAGCAAAGCUGAACAGGAGAGGUGACAAAGCCCUGAUAAAAUCAUGCAAACAAAGAAAAUCCCAAAAGAAAGCUGAAGAAAUUUGCCAUGAGUACUAUAUGAAGCUACGCUCUGGGCUUAAUACAAAAAAGAAAGCCUGCUCCUUUAGGAAAGAAAUCCCCAAACGAUGUUCACUAAAAACAGGUGGAACACACAAAGAACAAUACCAGCUACUUGCCUAUGAACAGCCUAUUCUGAAAAACUCUGUCUUUAAAGUACUUGGGAUCCAAGGACCUAAUACAGCAUCAAAUAUACGAAAUAUACCAAGUAUUGGAGAAUCUUGUGCUUCCCUAAGUACAUACAACGAUCAAUCUGUUAGUUUUGUUCUGGAGGAUGGAAGUUAUGUGAUCAAUGUUGAAGACUUGGGAAAAGACCAAGAAAAAGACAAAGUACUAUUGCGUUACUACGAGUCUCAGUACCCUUCAAAUGAAUCAGGGGAUGGUGUUGAUGGUAAACUGUUAAUGGUAAAUCUGAGUCCUACAAAAGACACAGACUUCUCACUGCAUGCCAACAAAAAGGAGCACUCUGUGGAGCUCCAAAAAUGUGAAACCACAUUGCCGGACCAGGCCUUCUUUGUCCUUCAUAAGGAGUCCUCUGAAUUCGUUUCAUUUGAAUGUAAGAGUAAUCGUGGAACAUACAUAGGAGUAAAAGAUAAUCAGCUUGCUCUAAUAGAAGGAAAGAAUCCAAGUAGUGAGAAUAUCAUGUUUAAGCUCUCUGACUUAAUGUGAUGGAAAGCUGUGGUUUCUGGUAUGAGCAAUUCAAAUCCUGUCACUGGAGUAUGGAUAAGAAUGUUCUAGAAGGUUUUUCUUGUUAUGUGUAAUAAUAUUUUUUCUAAUCCUUCAGUUCUGUCUUUACUUCCUUCUGUAUCACUACGUUUAAUAAAAGUAUGAAUUAAGUAUUGAUUUUAAAAAACCUUGCUGACUUUUUAAGAAUGGAGUCACCACAUAUGUUAGGGCAUCCAAGUAGCAGGAAAUCCAAGUAUCAUGGCAGAGCUGAAGUCCUCUAACCUAGGAGGACUGAGGAGAGACAUAAAAUUAACUUUUAAAUAUUAACUGGUAAACUAUGCAUAUGGUAUACUAUGGCCUUCUGAUACUGACUUCCAAAGAUCUAUGACUUCUGAUAAACUCCAUCUCAUUGGAUUUGUGUGUACAAGUCUUCUUUUUGUUUGACUUCUCAAAGAUUUUGCUCACUGUGGAAUUUCAUUUCACUUCUGUCCCUUCUUUAGUUCUUGUGACCAACAUAUCCUUAAUAUAUCUCUUGCACCUCAUUUGGUCUGACCUCUAUAUGCCAACACCUUUAUUCUUCUUUGUUUACCUGACAUUGUAAAAUUUUAUAUACACCUACUUAUAUACACUUACUAAUGGCAACAUUUUAAAAAAUUUUAUUGAGUUUAUUGGUAGAUUUUAGGUAUACCUUAUGAUCACAUUCAUUGAGAAUUUGUACCUGUACAUGAUAUAUCUUAAUUCUUAUUUUUUUCCCAUUCCCCUGCACUCCCUUCAACCCUUCCACCCCUCCCUAUAAACAUAAGCUUUGUUUCCAUUUUGAUGGCAACAUUUUUAUUUCAAUGUCUUUGUACUUUACUGUUGCAAAAGUAGGAAAUUUAUGCUCAACCAUAUAGUAACAUUAUUAACUACUAAAGGAAUGUUUUAGUUUUAUUUUUUUCUUAUUUUAAAGCCUUAAUUUUAACAGUGCUUCAUAGGCUGAACACUUACAAUAAAUGACCAGCAUAACAGGAAACAUAAAACAUGACCAUUUCUGAAAUCUAGUUUGUUGAAACCUAUAGGAUAUAAUUGCUCAUGAAACAAAGUAAAAGAGUCUGAAAAUUACUGUAUAAAAGUAUACAAUGAUAGAACAGUAUAACUUUGUUUCAUUAAUUUGUCAAUAAUUUUACUAUGAAGACAAAAUAAAAGCAGAAUCUAAUCAUCCUCUCUGAAAAAAACACCAAAGGGUAGACCAUGUGCAUCUGUACAAUAAACUUAUAAUAAUUAUUAAGUAACCAAAUAUAUCCAUUACCUUGCUUAUCAACCAGAAUAAACCAUUUUUUCAAAAGUA